AUGAAGGUGCUCUGCUCCGCCUGCGAGGCGGCCGAGGCGUGCCUGCUCUGCUACGCCGACGAGGCCGCCCUCUGCGCGCGCUGCGACCGCGACGUCCACGCCGCCAACCGCCUCGCUGGCAAGCACCACCGCCUGCCGCUCAUCCCGCCCGCCGACGUCUCCGCGCCCAACUGCGACAUAUGUCAGGAGGCCCACGCCUACUUCUUCUGCGUGGAGGACCGCGCGCUGCUCUGCCGGGCCUGCGACGUGGCCGUGCACACCGCCAACGCCUUCGUUUCCGCGCACCGCAGGUUCCUCCUCACCGGCGUCCAGGUCGGCCUGCAGCCCGCCGCCGCCGCCCCGGACGCUGAUCCGCACCCGCCCACCAGCGCUGCCGCGGCAGCGGAUCCCCUCCAAACUCCCCCGCCGCCCGACAGGAAGGCGGCGGCCGGCGGCAGCAGCCCGGAGCCGCUCUACAGCGUCGACGACAUCGACUGGGCGGCCGGCACGGACGCCGGCGCCGGCGUCAGCGUCAGCGUCGCCGUCGGCCUGCCGGACUGGGCGCUCGUCCACGAGCAGUUCGGCGCCCCGCCGGUGCCCAGGCCCGUGGAGCCGGUGCUCGCUAGAACGCCCGCUUCCAAGCGCAGCCCCCGGCGGUCGCUCGCCGCCUCGUUCACCGUCCAGGGUGGCGGCGGCCUCGCCGGGGGUUUGCCGGACUGGCCGCUCGACGAGUUCUUGGGUUUCUCAGAGUACAGCGCUGGUCUCGGCUUCGCUGACAAUGGCACGUCCAAGGCCGACAGCGGGAAGCUCGGGAGCACCGUCGGCUCGCCGGCCGGCCGAUCGUCGUCCGACGCGUCCCAAGACUUCUUCGGGGAGGUGCCAGAGUUCCACCAGUGGUCCGUGCCGGAGCUCCCCUCCCCGCCCACGGCCUCGGGGCUCCACUGGCAGGGCGGCCCGCGCCACGGCGCGACCACAUCUACGGACACGGACACGGACACGGCUGCCGUGUUCGUGCCGGACAUCUCGUCCCCGGAGAAACCCUUUCCGGUGCUACGCCACCGCCGCUGGACAGCCGCCGGCGAAGCGCCGCAGGAGAUGUUGACGUGA